AUGUUCAGCCCAGAGGAUCUCUGUGAUCGCACCGAAGAUGGAAGCCUUGGGUCCUUGCGUCGAAAGGAUGAUCAGGUGGAGGUCAAGGGCUUCCGCGUCGAACGGCAUGGAGUCGCAGCGGUAAUUGAAAGCGAUCCCUCGCCGACGACAGCGUCUGCACUGGAAACAAGUGAAAGUCGCUCCAAUGGCCAAUGCGACGAGCAGACGCUUGUAUGUAUGGAGAUGUUAGAGUCCCCCAGUCCCAAACCCAUUGCGAGCAGCUCGGCAUCAAUCAGUACCGCAUCGGCUUGUAGCCUCGACCUUGAGAAAGGCAUCCUGGAAGUGUCUAACUGCCAGCUGCAAUCCAAUGAUGCCUUUGGAGUUGAAGGGUCGGUUGUCAAGUACGAACUACCCAGCAAAAAGGGCUUCCAUGGACUGAGAUGGCUACGCCACCGUUUCUUCUCUCUGUAUCGACGAUUCUUCUCCCUUGUCAUAGUGGGGAAUCUCAUCGCUUUUGCAAUGGUCUCAUGGCAGUCUUGGGACAGAGGUAGCCUGCCGAUCCCUGACCUCGCGACAGCGGCAGCAAGCAACCUAUUAGUCGCCGUUGCCAUGCGACAAGAUCAUGUCAUCAACUUUCUGUUCGGGCUAGCAACGCGGGUACCGACUUGGAUGCCACUUGACAUCAGACGCCAGUGUGCCCGCGUGUAUCACAUCGGAGGAAUCCACUCAGGUGCUGCCAUAUCGGCGACCAUGUGGUGGCUCGUGUUGACCGGGGCUGAGACAGUGAACUAUAUCAAUCGCAACGAGGAGUUCACCAUCAAUACUGGGACCAUGGUCCUCGGCUAUCUGGUAAUGGCCCUAUUCACAGCCAUUGUGGCUAUGGCACACCCCAAGGUGCGCGUGAAACUGCACGACCAGUUCGAGGCGACGCACCGAUUUGCCGGUUGGGCUGCUACUGCGCUUGUAUGGGCGCAUCUGAUCGUGGCAACCGACUCUCUUCGACCCGACACGGUCUUGCUGGGAGUUGCUUUAGCCACGUACCCAGCGAUCUAUCUGAUGGCACUGAUCACCCUCGGUAUCGCUCUCUCUUGGCUGCGACUUCGCCGAGUGGAUGUCAGGCCGGAGCCACUGUCCAGCCAUGCGGUGAGACUUCACCUCAGUUUCGAUAUACCGACAGCUGGCAAGACCAUUCGCGUUGCGGACAGUCCUAUGCGAGACUGGCACGCCUUUGCAGCCAUUAACAGGCCAGGGCAGAAAGGGUUUUCAAUCAUCGUGUCGAAUGCUGGCGACUGGACUGGCAAGACGAUCGACACGCCGCCGCGGCAACUUUGGACGCGUGGUUCGCCGGCCUCGGGGGUCCUGAGAAUCGUGCCAUUGUUCAGGAAAGUUAUCCUGGUGGCUACAGGGUCAGGCAUUGGGCCAUGCUUGCCGAUUCUUCUAGAUGGCCGCGUGCCAACAAGGGUUUUGUGGUCGGCGUCACACCCACGGGAUACAUUCAGCCAGGAGAUAGUCGACGAUGUGAUGCGCGCAGACCCAAAGGCAAUCAUAUGGAAUACCAGGACAAAAGGCAAGCCUGACUUGGUCGGCAUGGCGUACCAGAUGAUGAUGACGGAGGGUGACGCCGAAGCUGUGUGUAUAAUUUCCAACCGGAAAGUCACGCAGACGGUGGUUUACCAGCUUGAGGCUCGCGGUAUACCAGCGUUUGGGGCGAUAUUUGACUCGUAG